AACAUCCCUUUUUUAGACCAUCUGAGCCCCACUGAGCUGAUGUCGCAGCAGAAUGGCUUAAAGUCCAUUGAGAGGGAUCCAUGAGAGCAAACAGUAGAAGGACAAACCGUACAAGCCUUCCUCCCGACGGCUUGAGGACAUGCUACCUUAAAGCAUUACCAGCAGGGACGUAGGUGUACGCAGUUUGUUUUGCAAUGGAGCCCAAGAGCAACGCUUCAUGUUUGCCUGUCCGUGACCUCCGUCACCUCGGCACGCGUGGAACUUUGGUUUAGCGGUUCCUGCACCAGGCCUGGUAAGGUGCUUGAUCUUUUCUUCUGCAUAGAAAGAGACCUGACCUGGUGUUUCAUGGUAAAUGCAGAUGAUCAGGCAACUUCUCUGAAUUCUCUCCAGGACAAGAUCUGAACAGAAAUGUUACACUUAAGCCAACUAUAAUGCUUCAAGCCUACUUUGGUCUUCAAGGCAGCUUCCCAAUCUGCUUGUUAUGGGGAGUAAAUAGGGCUGAGGACAUUUGAAGAAGUGCCAUAUACGUUUUUUGUUGUUUUAAUUGUGCAACAGGAGCUAUGGACUUUCAGUAAGGACAAGGACAGGCUUCCUGUAAUGUUUUCUGUGUUGAAAUUGGAGUGCUGGUGGGAAAUUCCCAGCCUUGAGAAUCCAUUCCAAUUUCCUUUUUUUUUUCCUUGUUUGAAUCGCUUAUAAAUACCCUUUCCGACUCUGAGGACACAAGACAACACUUCGUCUCCUCGUGGCUUUGCCUUUCUGCAGUGGUUUUCUCACAGCUCCGUGACAGCCUUGGGAAGGGAACCAUGAAGCUCUGCGUCUGCCUCGUGCUGCUCUCCAUUAUUGUAUGUGCAAGCGCUGACAACCCAUUAUACAGGGGUGGAAAAUUCGUCUGGGAUGCCGUGGGAGGGGCAUGGGAUAUGCUCAGAGCAUACAGAGACAUGCGUGAGGCGAAUUAUAUAGGAGCGGACAAAUAUUUCCAUGCUCGUGGGAAUUAUGAUGCUGCCCAAAGAGGGCCUGGUGGUGCCUGGGCUGCCAAAGUGAUCAGCGACGCCCGGGAGAACUGGCAGACCGACACGAGCGGCCGCGGCGCUGAAGACACGCGGGCCGACCAAGAGGCCAACGAGUGGGGCAGGAGCGGCGGUGACCCCAACCGCUACCGGCCCCCUGGCCUCCCCUCGAAAUACUAGCGCAGCCCCCUUUCGCGCCCCCUCUGUGCAGCCCCAAUAAAGACACCUUGCCGUUUC